AUGUCGGCCACUCAGAGUGUACAGUGCUUCGGCAAGAAGAAGACUGCUACAGCGGUCGCUCAUUGCAAGGUCAGAAAGAUACCAAGGCAAUACUACAACUUUGGGAAUGAGGAACUGACGAAGACUUUUGGGCGUAUACAGAAAGGCAAGGGCCUCAUCAAAGUCAACGGCCGACCUCUCUCCCUCGUUCAACCAGAAAUCCUGCGAUAUAAGGUCUACGAGCCCCUGCUGAUAGUUGGUCUCGACAAAUUCGCCGAUGUCGACAUCCGUGUCCGUGUCACAGGCGGUGGUCACACAUCCCAGAUCUACGCUAUCCGCCAGGCCAUCUCGAAAUCCAUUGUCGCCUACUACCAGAAAUUCGUCGAUGAGUACACCAAAAACCAGUUGAAGCAGGCGCUGGUCCAAUACGAUCGUACACUACUAGUGGCGGAUAACAGACGGUGUGAGCCGAAGAAAUUUGGAGGUCCAGGUGCGAGAGCGCGGUACCAAAAGUCGUAUCGUUAA